UGAACAACAACACGAAGUACAAAUCACCUUUUCCACCCUUCCCUCUCUCCUCUUCCCCCCGCUGACUCUACUUUCUCUCUCCUCCCAAAACACAAAGGCCUCUUCUUUUCCCUCCCAGUGAAAACACACACAAACACACAUGCGUUAUAUUCUUCCCCAAAAAAUCCAUUGAGAUUAUAUAAUAACACCCUUUAUAUUUCUACACUUCAAGGUGAUUUUUUUUUUCAUUGCUGUAUCAAAGCUUCACCAUCUGAAGCUUCAGGCGCUCUUUGUUCGAGAAUUUCAAUUGGGUUUUUUUUGUUGUUGCUCACUUUCCAGGGAAAAGGUUUUUUUUUGAAGAAUUAGAAUACUUCGUUUUAGCACUGGUGAUUUGGGUUUUGUUAUUGGAAUUCUGGGUGUUGCUUGAAAUGAUUGAAUGUUGUUGAAUUUGCUGAGGAAUUGAUUUUUUUUGCUGAAUUGUGAGUUUGAAUGAUUGGGUUAUAGAGAUAGGAAAUGCCCUAACUUUGAUUAGGAUUAAAGGGUUGUAUGUUUUUAUCUGAUCCGAGGUGUUUGGUUAGGGUUAGGACAGGAGGGUUGUGGUUUUGUUGAAAGUUAGGGCGAGGGAGAAAAUGGAUGGUGAGGACAUAAAGGUUGGUCUCAAAAAGAGGUCUAAAGGGGUUGAGAUUAAUGUAGAUUCUGAUGAUGAUGAGCCGAUUGGGUCGUUGUUCAAAUUGAAAAGCAAGAGAAACCCGAAGAAGGCUAAGUUGGGAUCGGAUGGUGAGAAGGUUAAGGAGGUAGGGGUUAAGGGGGAGACAGUUCAGGUUGUAGAUGGGGAUUUAGGGGGAAUGGAGGAUACCUUAGCUAGCUUUAGGAAGAAGUUGAAGGGUCCGAAGAAAGAUAGUAGCCCUGGGAGUUUAGUGAAGAGGGACUUGGUGUCGAAACUGGCCGAACUCGCAGGUGAAUGUCUGAAUAGUUCACAGAAGGAUGAGAGUCUGGUAACUACGUUGGCCCAAGAUGCUGAGGGUGGAGCUGGUAAUGUGAUUUCAGAUUUAAAUAUCAGCCAAAAGCUAGAAAAGAAGCGACAUGAAAAAGUUAAGAGGUCCAAGGCUGAAAAGAGUCCUGGUAUACUUGUUGAAGCAGAUGACAUUGAGAUGCUAGAUGGUAAAUCAUCUGAAAACCAGGUGAAGAGACGGGAAGGUUUGUUUGGUCCUGAAAACAAACAUAAGAAGAAGGGUACAAGGUCCAAGUCUUCUUCAGCUACAAAGAGUCACAAGGUUUCAGUAGAGACAGAUGACAGUGAGGUACCAGACGACCGUGCAUUACGUGAUCAGGAAGAGGGGAAAGAAGGUCCAUCUACUAGCCCUUCACAUGACAUUUUGACAGAUUCUCUGUCCUCAUUUUUAAGGAAGACACAGUCUGGUGUACGCAAGAAGCUGCGUCCUGCUUCUGGUUCAAAGUCUAGGAGGGGAGAGAAAUUGCGGGAUAAAGAUCACUGUCCAAGCUCAGACGGUGUUUCCUUAGAUUUUCAAUAUACAAUUGGAAAGAAUUCUAUUUUAGAUGCAAACUUUAGAAGUAAUAGUCAGAAAUCAGAAGAUUAUUUAUUUGGUAGUGGUCGAAUCAGCCCUAUUGCUCCCAACAGUGAGGUAGCUAGGGAUCAGGAUUUAGACGCUGUAAUUGUUGAAGAGUCUGGCAAUGUACCAAUCAGGGAUCCUGUACAUACUGAUGGUAUGAUUACUGAUAUAAGUACGGGACUUGGUGACGAUAGAUAUGGUGACACUUGCUUGGACCAUUCAUUUCCAGUGUCCCAAUUUGUUGCUUGUUCUGAGAAGACAAGAGUAAUAUUCAAUAUUGGUGAAUCUUGUAAGGAGUCUGAAAUGAUCCAGGAGCAGCCUCAGAUUAUUCCAUCAGAUAAAAUCUGUGAAAAGGAUACAAAUAAGUUUCCUGUUGCAAAAGCUUAUAACCAUCACUCUUCGGGUUCCCCAGGUGCUCAACCCCAGAAUGGAGGUGGGAAUUCUGUACCCCUAACUUCCAGCAGCAUGGUGAAUUAUGUUCCCUGUUCUAUCUCCGAAUCAGAUUUUGUGGAAGAAUUCUGUGAACCAACCAAACGUGAGGCUGCUGUUAGAUCUGAUAUUGGCUGUACUCAGAAUCAUGACAUGGUAACUUCAAGAGCUGAUCAAUUGUGUGCUGAUAAAAGUAAUGAAGGUGAUACCCCCAUCGGAAUUGAAAUCAAUGAAGGAGCGAACGGAUUGUUCUCCCCGUCCGUCACACCAGAUGAGGAUGGCGGUUAUCAAGAAGAUUCGGGAUGCUUUCCCGAGUCAAACAACCAGUGUAAUUCUGUGCUGAAUGACCGUGCUGUCCGCAGAGCUAAAAAGAGGAAAGAUGGCGAUAUGGCGUAUGAGGGUGAUGUUGCUUGGGAGGUUGUGAUGCACGAGCAAGGUUCUCUUGAUUCCUAUCAUCCCGUAGAUAGAGGCCAGGGCGUUCAGUCAAACGAGAGAUUUAACUCCUCUUCAACUGCGGAUCCUGAUUUUGAGGUUGGUGGAGCUGCUGCAGUGUCAGUUGGUCUAAAAGCUCGUGCAGCUGAUCUUGUGGAGAAGAUCAAGUUCAAGGAGGUCUUGAAACGCAAAGGUGGAAUGCAAGAAUACUUGGAAUGCAGGAACAAGAUUUUAAGUCUUUGGAACAAGGAUGUCACCCGUGUGUUGCCUCUUGCUGAUUGUGGCAUUGCUUUCACUCCCGCUGAUGAUGAACCUCAUCGUGCUUCCUUGAUGAGGGAUAUCUACUCAUUUCUUGACCAAAGUGGAUAUAUUAAUGCUGGAAUUGCUGCUAACAAAGAGAAGGCAGAGCCCACUUCAGGGAACUACAAACUGUUGGGAGAAAAGAAGUUCGAAGGGGGUUCUGGGGCUUCUGUUGCUGACUCAGUAGAUGGAGUAUCCUUUAUCCUCGGUCAGGUCAAAAGCCUUGAUACAUUUCCUAAGGCAGAGGAUGGUGUUGCUUUAUCUGAUGAGAACCUCCCAGGAGAAGCUGUGAAAGGUGGUAUUGAAAAAGUACUUGAUCUAUCUGUUGAUAAAGCUGUGAAAGGUGGUAUUGAAAAAGUACUUGAUCUAUCUGUUGAUAAGCAGCUCGAUGAAUGCCAAGGUGUAGGGGAACUUGAUGAGCAACGUAUUGAUGUGAAAGCAUCUAGAGAAAUCGUUGAAUCGGGCUUCUUGACUGCUGACAUACUUGGGAAGAGUCUUGAUAAUGCUGCAGACACUUCUCUGCCAUUGACUCAUGAGCAUUUGGAGGCCAAUGCAUGCGACUUGGAAAACAAGAAAAGGAUCAUAGUUGUGGGAGCUGGCCCUGCAGGUUUAACUGCAGCGCGCCAUUUGCAAAGGCAAGGUUUUUCUGUCACUGUGCUUGAGGCUAGGAGUAGGAUUGGUGGUCGGGUUUAUACAGACCGCUCAUCACUUUCAGUGCCUGUGGAUCUCGGGGCGAGUAUUAUAACAGGAGUUGAGGCUGAUGUGGCUAGUGAAAGAAGACCUGAUCCUUCAUCCUUGAUUUGCGCUCAGUUGGGUCUUGAGUUGACAAUACUAAACAGUGAUUGUCCACUUUAUGAUAUCAGAACUGGUCAAAAGGUGCCUCCUGAUGUUGAUGAAGCUUUAGAAGCCGAGUUCAAUAGUCUUCUUGAUGAUAUGGUGUUUGUUGUUGCAAAAAAAGGGGAAAGUGCUACAAGAAUGUCUCUUGAAGACGGUUUAGAGUAUGGUCUUAAAAGACGCCGAAAAAUCCUCUCUGGAACAGACAAUGGAAAUUAUGGGAUGUUGCGACCAUUGACUGGAACUUUCAACCAUGAAAAGGGCUCUGAAGGCUGCCAUCCUGCAAAGCAGAAUGAUUGUAGGGAUGAAACACUUAGUCCUCUGGAGAGGAGAGUUAUGGACUGGCAUUUUGCUCAUUUGGAGUAUGGGUGUGCAGCGUUGCUAAAGGAAGUAUCUCUUCCUCAUUGGAACCAGGAUGAUGCCUAUGGAGGAUUUGGAGGUGCGCAUUGUAUGAUUAAAGGAGGUUAUGGUGCUGUUGUGGAAUCUAUAGCUCAAGGACUUUCCAUCCAUUUGAACCAGGUGGUGGCUGACAUUUCUUAUGGUGUACUGGGUUCAGUAGGAUCAGAUAGUUGCUCACACAAGGUAAAAGUGUCAACAUUUAGUGGUAAUGAAUUUACCGGAGAUGCUAUUUUGAUUACUGUGCCACUUGGGUGCUUAAAGGCUGAAUCCAUUAAGUUCUCCCCACCAUUGCCGAAGUGGAAACAUUCAGCAAUCCAGCGGCUGGGUUUUGGUGUUCUCAACAAAGUAGUUCUGGAAUUCCCAGAAGUUUUUUGGGAUGAUAGUGUGGACUACUUUGGAGCUACUGCUGAGCACUCUGACCUUAGAGGCCGCUGCUUUAUGUUCUGGAACAUUCAGAAAACAGUUGGAGCUCCUGUUCUCAUAGCAUUAGUGGUUGGUAAAGCAGCUAAAGAAGGACAAAAUUUAAGCCCCUCUGAUCAUGUAAAUCAUGCUUUAAGGGUUCUACGCAAAUUAUUUGGUGACACUUCUGUUCCUGAUCCCGUUGCAUCAGUAGUGACGGACUGGGGAAGAGAUCCUUUUAGUUAUGGUGCGUACUCUUAUGUUGCUGUUGGGGCUUCUGGCGAGGACUAUGACAUAAUAGGUAGACCCGUUGAAAACUGUUUGUUUUUUGCUGGUGAAGCUACCUGCAAGGAGCAUCCAGAUACAGUAGGUGGUGCAAUGAUGAGUGGGCUGCGAGAGGCAGUUCGUAUAAUUGACAUAUUGACCACUGGUAAUGAUUACAGAGCUGAAGCAGAAGCUGUUGAAGCUGCACAGAGACAAUCAAACAGCCAGAGGAAUGAAGUUAAGGACAUUACAAGAAGGCUUGAUGCAAUUGAUCUCUCCAUUAUCCGCUAUAAGAGUUCAUCAGAUAGAUCCCAGUUUUUUGCUACAGAAAGUUUACUACAGGAUAUGUUCUUUAGUGCCACAACGUCAGCUGGAAGAUUGCGUCUGGCUAAAGAGCUAUUAAGUCUUCCUGUUGAAUCUCUGAAGUCUGUUGCUGGGACUAAAGAAGGGCUCAGUAUACUCAACUCGUGGAUACUGGAUUCCAUGGGAAAGAAUGGAACUCAACUUCUGCGUCUCUGUGUCCAUAUACUUGUUCUGGUCUCUAGAGACUUGGUAGCUGUCCGGCUGUCAGGUAUUGGAAAAACUGUCAAAGAGAAAGUCUGUGUUCAUACUAGCCGUGAUAUACGCAGCAUCGCAAGCCAGUUGGUUAACAUGUGGAUUGAGGUUUUCCGCAAGGAGAAGACUACUAAUGGUGGCUUGAAGUUAUUGAGACACAUGACAAAUUCAGAUUCUUCAAAAGCGAAAGGGAAAGAUCCAGGUUCGAGGAAACCUCCUAUACAUGUGCAGCAUUCUGCAGCUGGAAAUAAGGUCAAUCCGAGCUCAAAGAAGCUAGCUGUAAAGCAAGUGAAACUGGAAACUGGGUUUGGCUCAAAAAUAGAUGCUCGAUCAUCAGCAUCACAAGUUUCAAACGGCGGACCAGGUAACAAGUUAGAGGAAGAUGGGAACGUUCCGUUGUCUGAAGAAGAACAAGCUGCUCUUGCAGCUGCAGAUGCUGCUCGUGCUGCUGCUGUAGCGGCUGCUGAGGCUUAUGCAUCAUGCGAAGCUAGAGUGAGCAUGAUGCAAUUACCCAAGGUACCGUCUUUCCAGAAGUUUGCCAGACGAGAGCAAUAUUCACUAAUGGACGAGUCUGAGCGAAAAAGGUGGUCUGGUGGUGUGUUGGGAAGACAAGACUGUUUAUCAGAAAUAGACUCGAGAAAUUGUCGAGUUAGAGAUUGGUCUGUUGAUUUUUCUGCCACAUGUGCCAAUCUUGACAAUUCAAGAAUGUCAACCGAUAACUAUUCUCAGCGGAGCCAUUCCAAUGAUAUGGCAUGCCAAUUGAACUUGAGAGAGCAUUCUGGAGAAAGUGUGGCUGGGGACAGCACUGCAUUUACUAAAGCUUGGGUUGAUUCUUCUGGUAGUGACGGGAUGAAGGACUACCACGCCAUUGAGAGAUGGCAGUGCCAAGCUGCAGCUGCUGAGUAUGAAUUUCAAUCUUCCGUUCAUAUUGAGGAUGAGGAAGAUUCAAGCACAAUGUCAAGACAUGUCACAAGGAAGACAGAGGGACUGGUGAAUGAGAGUUCUGUUUCACAGGUGACAAUAAACAAGGAUUUGGCUGCUGACCAACACAGAGGAACUGAGCAUAUUAAGCAAGGUGUUGUGGAUUAUGUAGCUUCACUGCUUAUGCCUUUGUAUAAAGCUAGGAAGAUUGAUAAAGAUGGUUAUAAGUCGAUAAUGAAAAAGAGUUCAACGAAGGUCAUGGAGCAGACAACUGAUGCGGAGAAAGCAAUGGCUGUCUGCGAGUUUCUUGAUUUUAAGCGCAAGAACAAGAUUCGCGCUUUUGUUGACAAGUUGAUCGAGAGGCACAUGCCAAUGAAGCCAGUAGGGAAGCCUUGAUGGGCUGCAGUAGUAUGCAAUACACACAAGCCAUCAUAGAAGUUGGUGACCUGGGGAUUGUUGGACAGCGGACAAUAGAAACCUUGGUUUGACACAUCUAUUGGCAUUUGCUAAGACAAGUUGCUCAUAGAUAUUUUUCAUGUAAAGGAGAAACAGAUAGAGAAUUUCCUGUUGUCUAAUUUGGGUGGAUUUACGCAGCUUAUCUGGCCUUGCUGAAGUUAUUGUGAAAAUCUCACGGAAGUAUUGUCUGAGCUUUGUCUAGGCCUCUGCUGAUGAUGUGAAGCAAGUCUUACGACCUCUUCCUUGUCUGCCAAAGAGACCAAUUCCAUUUGAAGAAAACGUGGUUUUUGAAUGCAUUCUUUUCUUCUGCAUCAGAAUUGUACUCUCAGGGUGGAAAAGAACACCCCAACUUCUUUUUUCUUUUUUCCUUUUGCACAGGGAUUAUUCAUAGAUGAAAACCUCAGUUUUGUCUUUUAACAUUGUACAGAAUAGAAUUGAUUCAAUUAGUAUACAACAUCUUUCUUCUC